UAUAGAACUGUUUUGUGGCUAAAAAUGCUAUUUCCGUAUAUUGUCUGCUAGCUAUUUUCUUAAGCUAGCAAACAAAUGCAUUUUUCAAAGAAAUGAUGGAGCAUUAAAUUCAGCGAUACGGCAUUAAAUGAGCAUCGAAUGAGCACUAAAUUUUCAUGCUAUUAACUCUUUGUUCUGCUGACUUUGUACUUCCAGCUUAAGGGACAUGAUUGUGGGAUACAGUUUAUAUACACGAUGUAAUGUUGAACGUGAUGUACGAAUCCUCCCUAAAUAACGCAUUGCAAUGAAUAAAUCAACACACAAUGAAUAAAUCAACAUACGGAGUAUCUGUUUCCUCAGUGCACACAAUAUAUAUGAUCAUGUCACAGUAGCAAAGGCCCUCUUUCGUUGCGUAACCACCGUAUCGGCAAGUUGUGUGUAUUGGGCGACAGGCUAUGGCACUGAAGUAUUUCACAAUGGCGAUCCUGCCGGGAGCCGCAUUUUUAUUGAUGCGGCAUAUUUUUAGAUCACUGGAAUAAAGCUGCUGUUGCUUAGACUGUCGCCCAUCGUACACAAUAUAUGUGCCAGUCGAGUAGUGAACAUGUUUUUUUUUCUUUAGUGGAAAUUUUCGAACAUCAGGAAAAAUCAGUGCUAAAAAAGGGAAGAAAGUGCAAUCUUGUGCUACCGUGUUGAGCGGAAUUAAUUGGAAAUUGGCUUGAGGGGAAGAAAGUGAAAUCCUGUGCUACCGUGUUGAGUGGAAUUAAUUGGAAAUCAGCCAGCGGAUUGAAUCAAUACCAUCAAACGAAUGACUCAGAGCGGGAUAAAUUGGAUGUCUCAAGGCUACUGAUUUGUUUAGCUGGUGUACGCCUGGAAUAAAUGUCACGGAACCAUCCAGCUACUUUCUCACAUUGUGAAGAACGACGAGCACUCAUGGUUACUGUGUUUGUUUUAUAGUAGAAUCGACAGUAAUGAAAGAUGUCACGGAGCCAUUGAAGUAAGUUCUCACGUUGUGAAGGGCGAUGAGUACAUACGUAUUUGUUCUAAUAAUACUAAUACAUGAAUUGUACGCCUGGAAUAAAUGUCACGGAACCAUCCAACGAAAAUGUCAGAAAGCUGGACGUGUUCUCACUUUGUAAAAUACAAAACCAAAAUAUCGAAGGGACGUUAUGUGAGAGCUCCCGCAGAUGAAGAUGCUGAUUCUGAGGAUCCCAAGUUCGAUAACAAUGAAGAGGAUAGAAAUCAAUGUGAUACGUUUGAGACCCAGAAUACGUCGGAUCCAGUUACUGCUCAGAAGGCAACGACUGACAGAGAUGGUGAUAUCGACGGUCGGCUAAAGCGUCUAGAACAAUCAUUUAUUGAUCUUACUGAAGCUAUUCUGCAACAGCACCGCAAAACCCAAGAGAGUGUUAAAGAAAAUGAUAAGCUUGGCACCGCAACUACGGCAAAUGUUUAUCGAGAACCAAUGGUAAAUAUUAGGUGGGAUCAUAUUGAGCCAUUCCCCAGCAAUGUUGCAGCCAGAGAAAUGUGGGAAACAUGGUACGAAUAUUCAGAAACAUUUGAGAUUGCUGCAACCUUCAGCAACGCCAACGACGCAGGUCGACGUACUCAAUUACUCUACCUAGCAAUGGGAGAGUCCCUGCAGGAAAUCGUGCGUGCAGCUGGCCUGAAACCCGAUUUAGAAGAUCCUCUGUGCUACACAAAAUUUGUCCAGAAUAUAGAUGAGCAUUUAAUAUCAAUGACUGAUAGUUCUUCAGAACAGGAAGAUUUUCUGAGUAUAAAGCAGAAAGAAGGAGAGUCGGUAGUAUGCUUUCAUGCUAGAAUAAUGGAAAAGCUGCGUUUGUGUGGCUAACACAUUGAUGACCAAAUUAGAUUUGCUCGUACCCAACUACUGAAGGGUAUGCGCAACAAAAAGUUGGCGAUGACGGCACGGACUUAUGGCCAGGACAUAGAGAUGAUCAUCCAAGCGGCUACACGAGCUGAAGCCUACGAUGCGGGAGAAGGACCAUCUGUGAAGCCAGAGAUCUUUGCAAUCAAUCGAACUUAUAAGUGUGUAAUAGGAGUGCGUGUUCUCGGUGUGGUCGGGCAAACCAUCAGAAUCCCAGGGCGUGUCCUGCUCGAACUCGGAGUUGCAGCUAUUGCGGAAUGAAAGGCCACUUCGCAGCAGCCUGCCUUAACAGAGAAACAAACAACGUUAACAUACAAAUUCACGAUUGGCACAGCCCCGGUCGUGAUCAAGAUAGUAGCCGCAUAAAAAAAAAAAGCAAGCGCAGGUUGACGAUGAGAUUAUACCGGUGAAGCAACAUCCCAUCAGGGAAAAAAGGACUCCAGUAUAUUUGAAGGAUUAUGUCGAGAGAAGAGAAGAGGGGAGAUGUGGGAUACAGUUUAUAUACACGUUGUAAUGUUGAACGUGAUGUACGAAUCCUCCCUCUAGCUCUUAUCUUCGUAUUAAUUUAGUUCAGUUGAUACUCUGUACAUAGAUAACAUACGAUAUAAACAUAGCCAUAAACUCUAAUUGUGUUUGUUUGUUUGUCUGCUCUCCGGAGGAGAGGGGAGAUGUGGGAUACAGUUUAUAUACACGUUGUAAUGUUGAAUGUGAUGUACGAACCUCCCGAAAUAACGCAUUGCUAUUCAAUGAAUCUGUCAACAUACGGAGUAUCUUGUUCCUCAGUGCACACAAUAUAUAUGAUCAUGUCACAGAAGCAUAGGCCCUCUUUUAUUGCGUAACCAACGUAUCGGUAAGUUGUGUGUGCUGGGCGACAGGCAAUGGCACUGAAGUAUUUCACAAUAAUAUUACAAAGGUUGCCUUUAUAACCCAAAACAUAGAUAUUAUAUUAUACUAGUUGAACGUUCUCGGCGAUGCUCGGGAUCAAAAAUUUCAAAAUUAGGAAUCAUUUCUGAUAAUUCAUUGCAUUAUUAGCACAACUCACUUCAAAAAUAUUUCACAUCUUAUACGUCCAUCAUCAUUUUAAGUACUUUCAUAUUCUGAGAACGCACAGAACGGAAAUAACCAUAUUGGAUUGCAUUUUGUGAUUUGGGAACUGGAAAGUCGCCAUUUCGGAUUUCAAAAUGAUGUAUGGAGUUCGGGAGUUUCGGAAGUAUUUAAAUGGUUGGCCAAAUACCACUUUAGAUUAUUUUCCUGAAACCAGAAGUCGUUAUUUUGGAAAAUGUUAUGUGGGGUCAUCCCAGUUCCGAAUAUACCACACUCGGGUGAUAACCGGAUAUUCGUCAAUUGUUCACAGCUAAACCUCUUUUUAUGUAACUUUUAGAAGAAAGUAAACAAAGUAAGAAGAAUUUAGCGUGACCUCCUCUGUAAUCAUAUCUAAAGCUUAGUUCUCCUCUGUAAUCAUAUCUAAAGAGAUAACAUGUGAAUUUUUAUAGCAGAAAUGUUUGUUGGUGUCCAAGGAACACGUCUGAGAAGAAGUUAACGUUUCAAUCCACACAACUACGUAGAAAUUAAAAAAAAAAAGAUUAAAAAAAAGAAAUGUGGCCUUUCCUCCAGCCAAAUGUCCCAAAAUAUAGUUUUGGUAAAAGUAAAAAAGUAUUUCGAAUCCCGUAAUGUGUUACUAUUAACAAAACUACGAAAACACCAGAAAUGUAAUUUUUUUCUGCUCGACUCGCACCAAAUUAAAACAUAAAUUCUUCUGCUAGAAAAUAUUUGCAGAUGUUGAAAGG